AUGGCCGUGGACACUGUGGCCAUCAAAGUGGUGCCCCUGGACAUGGCCCAGAAGUCCUUUGAUGACCAGUACCUGACCUGUGCUGAUGACAUGGCCAAGAAGCUGCCAGAACUCAACAGCACCGAAUUCCGCCAGAAUGUCAAGUUUGCCCAGCUCUGGUCUGAGGCCAGGGCCGCCUGGCAGGCACGGGGGAGCCCCAUGGGUCCUCUGAGCCAGGACGAGGCCAUCACCCUCAUGAUGUACACCUCGGGGAAGGUGCACAGGGCACUCAACGCGGCCGUGCGCGAGGCCGGGAGCUCCCGCCAGCAAUACCGGAACAACUUCCACUUCAAAACGCUGCAUUUCCUGCUCACCCGGGCCCUGCAGAAGCUGAGAGACCCCAACAAGUGCCAGGAUGUGUUCAGGGGGAUGAGGGGGCUCCAGUUCAGGGUGAAUCCUGGUGACAAAGUUCGCUUUGGUUACUUCGCGUCGACGUCGCAGAGCCACGCGGUCUCGGUGCGGUACGGCACGGACACGAUGUUCAAUGUGCACACGUGCCACGGUGCUGACAUCCAGAAAUUCUCCUUCGAUCCCAGUGAGAGGGAGGUGCUGAUCCCACCCUAUGAGACCUUUGAGGUCACCGAUGUCAUUCAGGAAGGGGACAUGAUGCAGAUCGAUCUGCGCUCCGCAGGGAACUUCAGCAACUACAGCUGCGAGUGGCUGCGAGGUGGGUCCCUCCCCAGGACCUCCCACCACCUCUGGGGGCUUCUCCUGGCCACUGUGUUCAUGGCAGUGGUCACUGGAAGCCCCUGA